AUGUGUCACAGUGCCGUCGUCAUUACUGGUGUGUAUUUCCCGAUAAACUUUUAUACGCUAGCGAAAACAACGUGCAACGCGGAGGAGAAGGCCAGGUGUAGAGCAGACCAAGUCUGUGAGGUGGAAGGACAUGUGGCGGUGUGCAAGUGUGCCAGCGACCGCUUGGAAAGAAACGGACGUUGUUCAGGGAACUGCACUCUGGAAUGUCACCACAGGUUCGGCAGUUGCACCAUUUUCAACAACGAGGAACACUGCAACUGUACAUCCCCGCUCCAAGGCGAUUCUUCUGAGCAGUCCACCAAGGAAGGACCUUGUGUAUUGGAAAGCUUCUCUUACUUGACGUCGUUGAAGCUGAACAGAAGCAUCUCCUCAUGGAAAGUAGCUGAAGACUGCCGCAAUAUGAAAGAUCUUCUGACGCAGGCGUUGAGCGUGCUGUUCGGACCGGAAUUCCUGCAUCUAGACAUCGUCAGCUGUCUGGACGCGUACGAGGUACGGCUAAUAUUCAGCAAAAAGCAAGACGAAGCUGUUCUGAAGAGGCUUCAUCUUUGCAAGAAUAGCAUAAAGCCACACUCCUGUUAUUUCUGGCCAGAUGUACACGUUGUUUCUGGGUCAGUCGGAA